UUAGGAAAUCCCGACUUGCGUUAAUUUUUCCUCUUUUUUUUUUCUUUUUCCUAGGCGAUCAAAUAAGUUUUUGCAUUUUUCUUUUCAUUCAUAUCAAGCGGCUUUCUUUUACAAAUAAUUGAAUCAGUUACCAGCAGACCGUCAUACUUAUCUUUUACCUCAUUUGGCGUGCUGCAGCUGACUUUUUUUUUCUUCUAAACAUGACGGCUGUCCUUUCCAACAUUCAGAGGCGAUCGGAUGAGGAGGAUGUUCAAUCGUCGAAAUCAAUCCCGAACGAAGAGUUUCGUACUUAUCGGAUACGGUAUUAUGGACUGACCCUCAUUGCUCUGCUCAACAUUGUGUCGUCCAUGAACUGGUUGUCCGUCGCACCGGUGCCCGACUAUGCAUCUUCCUUUUUUGGCAAUGUCGGUUUGUCCGUUAUUAACUGGUUCAGCAACGUUUUCUUGCUGACGUACGUCGUGGCCGGUCCCGUCUCCAGUUUCGUCUAUGAUCGCUUCAGUAUCAAGCUAGGAAUAGUCAUUGGUGCUGGUUUGCAAAUCAUCGGUGCCUGGUUACGCUUUGCCUCCUGUUAUGUUGGCAGUUCUUCCGGCAAAUUAGCCCUUGCGAUGCUCGGUCAAACCAUUUGUGCUAUUGGACAGCCUUUUAUUCUUAAUGCAUCAACACCGUAUGCUGGAUUGUGGUUCACUGCGGAUGGCCGCGGUACGGCCAGUAUGAUUAGCGGUUUAACCAAUGCGGUUGGUAUGGCAGUAGCAGAUUUGGUGGUUCCCGCCUUAGUGCCUAAUGUCGAGAGCAUGUGGUUCGGGUUCCUUAUCAUUGCCUGUGUCACUACGGCCGUCGCGAUACCCACUAUAUUUAUUCCCAAACGACCUAAAACCCCACCCUCCUUCAGCGCGUUCACUCGCAUCGAUCGACGACUGCCCUUCCACCAAUACAUUCUUCGAUUGGCCAAAAAUUAUCAUUUCCUUAUCAUCUUCCUCGCUUUUGGCAUUCUUUGCGGUCUCACAUCGACUUUGACUUCGGUCUUGCCGCAAAUUCUCGGUCCCUAUGGUGUCUCCUUUGACGACGCCGGUAUGGUCGGUGCAGCAUUCAUUAUUGCAGGUGUUGUGGGUGCCAUCGUUACUGGUUUCAUCAUUGAUAAGUGGAAAUGCCACAAGCUUAUUUUGAAAACAUUCGUGCCUAUUGUGGGAUUCAUGUAUCUCGCUUUUUUCUUUGUCAUCAAAAAGGAUAACUAUGUCCCUAUCAUCGUGGUGGCGGCUAUUCUCGGCUAUUUUAUGCUAUCAUUACUUCCUGUGGCUCUAGAGCUCAGUGUCGAAUCUUCGUAUCCGGUGUCUGAAUCGGUUUCCAGCUCUUCGUUGUGGAUGUGUUCCCAGAUCAUGGGUCUUGUAUUCAUCUUGGCAACCGAUGCCCUUCGCGAUGAUAACGGUAAUCCUCCAGGCAAUCUACGAAAUGCACUGAUCAUGUACGUGUGUCUAGCCAUGCCCAUGAUGGUGCUUUGUGCUUUCUACAAUAGCCCGAAUAAGCGAUUGGAGUGCGAAAAACAGAAUGCCGCUACAAAGGAAGAACAGCCUUCCUACUGAGGCUGAUCUUUUUCUUCUUAUUUGCCCCUCUUAAGAAUGGAACAGGGCUAUCAGGGGGCUACCGAUAUCACUUAUAAUUUAUACCAAUAUUUCGUCGUUUUUUCCUUAUCUC